AUGCUCGUCUCUUUCGACAUCGUCCCUCUUACUCUCAUCUCUGAGUGUUUGGGUGUAUCAUCUCCUUCAGAUUAUGUGGAUCUUGAAUUCCACCCAAUUCUACCCUCCUCAGCACCUGGGCCCACACUGACCACUUCUGCCUCAGACCAAGGCCCACUCACUCAAGGCACCUCCCUAGUGCGUCUCUUUCCACCUGCAGUAGUCACCAGCCCACGUCCAACUAUGCCCAGCACCAACCAUGCCUAG